AUGAAAGUCUACGAUAAUUUAAGCAAUCUAGAAAAACAUGAAUCUAAGACUACUUUUAUCGGAGGAGUUCGUUCCAAUCUAGAUGAAGAUCAGGACUCAGAAGCAGUCCACGUCUCCAAAAUUGAGGAGAUCUGGAAAAAGUGUGACGAAGACUCCAAAACUAUGGAGAUGUUGGAAAAGUGCGGAGGAAACCCCCUUGCCUUAAGGACACUAGGUGAGAAAUUCAUUUCCAUAAAUGUAGAAACCUUAACAGAGUUUCAAAAAGUAGUAAUGAAAAAGAUUUUGCCCUCACUAAAACCGAGUUAUGAUAUCCUCCCUCCGCAUUUCAAAAAUUGCUUUGCCUACUGUAGUAUAUUCCCUCAACAAUAUGAAAUUGAUGUCAAAACCUUAAUACAUCUUUGGAUCGCACAAGGGUUGAUUUAUCCACUGCCAGGACAAAGAAUGGAGGAUGUGGGUUAUGAGUAUUUUAAGAAUUUACAUCAGAGAUCCUUGUUUGAACAAGUUGAUGUAGAUCCUGAGAACGACUCUGUAAGAAAGUGCAAGAUGCCAAACCUUAUACAAGACCUAGCAGUAUUUGUUGCAGGAACAAGGUUAGCCACAUUAAAGGAGCAUGAGAAGCAUAGUAUUGAUCAAGGAACUCAACAUGUCUCGUUUCACUUCCAUGUACACUCUUCGUGGAAGAUUCCCACUUCAUUCCUUCAGGCAAAGAGAAUUCAAACAAUUAUUUUGCCUUGCCAGUUCCAAAAGGAAACUGAGGGGAGAGUAAGCCACUCAACUUGUGAAAAUAUCAUUUCCAAUUGCAAAGCAUUACGCACGUUGGAUCUGCAUAAUACAGGGAUCGACACGUUGCCAAAGAACAUUGGUAAGCUGAAUUAUCUACGAUACCUUGAUCUUUCUCAAAACAAAGCUAUUACGUCAUUGCCUGAUUCAAUUACCAAGAUCCCGUAUUUGAUGAUACUCAAACUCUCCAAAUGUUAUGGACUCAAGGUAUUGCCAAAAAAUAUGAAGAAACUAGUCCACCUCAAACAUCUUGAGAUUGAUUGGUGCUACAGUUUGACUCGUAUGCCUCUUGGACUGGGUGAACUAACUCUACUUGAGACAUUGUCACAAUUUGCAUUGAAAUACGAUGAUGCAGAUUCGGCCAAGCUAGAUGAAUUGAAGGAACUGAACAAAUUGAGAGGAGAGCUGAAAGUUCAAAAUUUGACAAGUGACAUGAAUUCUGGGGUAGCAAACGUGGAGGGGAAAGAACAUCUUAAAUCAUUAACAUUAGCUUGGAAAUUCGAAGAAAAUGCCAAUACUGCACCAACCGGUGAUCUAAAGACACUAGAAGGUCUGAAGCCACAUCCAAAUCUUAAGGAACUGGCUUUAUUUGGCUACAGGAGUUACAAGUUCCCUAGGUGGCUUAUCUCACACAAAAAGUUGGUCAAAUUUUCAUUGCAAAAAUGUAAAUGCAACAAUCUACCACCACUUAGUGAGCUCUCAUCUCUCAAGGUGAUGAUACUGGAUGAGAUGGCUAACUUGAAGUAUAUCUCUGAUGAGUCUGAGUGUCAUUCUUCGUCAUCAACAACAUUCAUGCCAUCCCUGGAAGAGCUAAGGCUUACAGAAUUGCCAAAGCUAAAGGGAUGGUGGGCAGAUGUCUCAAAAACACCUACUCCAUUGCCAUCAUUUCCUUGUCUUUCCAAAUUGUUGAUCGAAGAUUGCCCCGAGCUGCGUACCAUGCCACUCUACCCGAAUUUAAAAGAAUGGCUAGUGUUGGAUAACACAAGCUUGGAGACAUUCAUACAGACAAUGGAUGAUGAAAUGCCCUCUCGUUCUCUUUCCAAAGCGCAAAGUAUGCCUGUUCAUUCGGAUAUGGAGAUUAGCUCUGAAGAUGGUGAGAAUGAUAAGACUAAGCUAGAAAGAGCAAAGACAAUGUGUAGCGAAAGCUCCUCCAAUUCGACCGUGAGUGAUGCAAAGCACCUCACCUGUCGUCCUUUCUCCAAGUUGGAAAGUCUGCGUAUUCUUGGGGGUAAGGAGGUUAGUUCUGAAGAUGGUCAUCAGCAUCAUGAGAUUAAGUGGGAAAGACUCGAAAGCCUCCGGGUUCUGAGAUUUGAUUAUCUCCAACUCUAA